GAUGGAGCUGCGCACCACCCCCGCAGCCAUAAACAACUCCGCGGGGCGUCCCGCGGGCCUCCCGUAAGCGGACCUUCGCGAGUGUUGGACACCAGGCACACGGACACAUGAUCCGACUCAUUGUGCCGAACGUCGUGCGCGAGCUCCCUUUUCUUGUUACUGUGUUUACUGCCUUCCUUUCGCACUAGGUCCGUGCACCGCACUUCUCUAUGCUCCUUUUCCCUCUUUUCUCCUCUCGCUCUCUAAAGCCCUCGCCACUUCCGGCGCGCUGCGCGCGCCCGCUCAAUUCUCUCUUUUGACAGAAUAAACUAGACCUUGUUACCGAAAAGACGUGUGUCCGUCUCGUUUACCACGGCUCUACAAAGUGGUGACCCGUAGUUUUCUUCGCGGCACUGCCGAAGUUAUUGUGGAGCCAUGCACAGCAACGAGAUGCAACCAAACACUGAACUUACGGGCACGACCGAGCAACAAGACGUCUCUGCGGUUUCCAUCCGACUCCCACCAUACUGGGACCGCAACCCUGCAGUUUGGUUUCUUCAAGCGGAAUCGCAAUUUAUUCUCUCUGGCGUUCGCACGGAACAACGCAAGUACCACCUAGUUGUUUCGGCACUGUCGCCUACUGCUGCAGAAGAAGUUGCCGACCUGCUUUCUGGACCGCCUCCCGCCACUCCAUACAGCGAUCUUAAGGCUGCCCUUCUCGAGCGCACAACAACAUCGCAGCGAGCCCGCAUGCAACAGUUGCUCUCCGCAGAGGACUUGGGAGACCGUCGGCCAAGCCAGCUCCUUCGCCGUAUGCGACAGCUCAUGAGCGACAACACAACAGUAAGCGAUGACCGCCUCCUGCGGGAACUGUUCAUGCAGCGCCUUCCAGUAAACGUUCAGAUGGUACUCGCUACAGCCACGGUGAUGGACCUCAACAGCCUGGCCAGCUUGGCGGACAAAGUCAUGGAGGUGGUGACGCCAGCGGUGUGCAACGUAACAUCAUCAAGCACCACUGCGAGUUCAGCGCCGCAAACAUCAUCCUCCGCCGAUUCUCCCAUCGACGUGCUCUGCAAUCGCCUUGAACAAUUAGUUUGUGCUGCGGAGCGUCAUCGCACUUCACCCCGUCACGGAAGGUACCGCAGCUCGAGUAGAUCACGGCGUCCAAGAGAAGAACGCUCCCGGUCUCAAACGCCACCACGGGUAUGCUUUUAUCACCGCCGCUUCGGGCAGGAGGCGCGCCACUGCCUCCGUCCUUGUGCAUGGCAGGGAAACCAGCCGGCCGACCUUUAAUGGCGACAACCGGU